UCUUCCCUUUCGUCUCCAUCCCUCUCCCCUCUGUUCCAUCUCAGACUUACCUGCAGGAGCAUAAGGAGAUGGAGACUCGCGCCGCAAAGAGAAGAGCAGAGGCCGCCGCCUUAGCCCAGAACCGAUCACCUAAAAGAAAGCGAGUGGUCUUGGGGGAACUUCCUAACUUAUCCAACCUUGUUGAUCCUGUGAAUUCGAAUCCGGGGUUGGAGCCACAGAAACCGAAAUAUCGAAGGAAUACGAGGGCCAAGAAAGCCGCGACGACGAAGAGCAGCUUCUCUUCGGGGGAUCCCAAGUCGGACGUCGUACAGGCAGUUCGCACUGAUGCCAAGUCAGGCACCGAUGCGAAUUUGGAUGAUUUGCAAAAUAGCGAGCCUUAUAUUUCGGACAUUUAUCAGUACCUUCGCAAAAUGGAGAUGGAGCCAAAGAGAAGACCAAGGCCUGAUUACCUAGAGAAAGUUCAGAAAGAUGUCACCGCCAACAUGAGGGGAAUACUGGUCGAUUGGCUAGUAGAAGUUGCAGAGGAGUACAAGCUUCUCUCUGACACUCUUUACCUCUCUGUUUCCUACAUUGAUCGCUUCCUCUCUACCAACCAAGUCACAAGACAGAGGCUUCAGUUGCUGGGUGUUGCAUCGAUGUUCAUUGCAUCGAAGUACGAAGAAAUCAGCCCUCCGCAUGUAGAAGAGUUUUGCUACAUCACCGAUAAUACAUACAGGAAGGCAGAGGUUGUUGAAAUGGAGGCUGCUAUACUCAAGUCUCUAAAUUUUGAGAUGGGUAGCCCCACUGUGAAGACGUUUCUAAGGAAAUUUACUGGCAUUACAUCCGAAAAUCAGAAAACCCCAAAUCUGCUGUUUGAGUUCCUUUGCUGCUAUCUGGCCGAGCUAAGUUUGUUGGAUUACAACUGUAUUAAAUUUUUACCUUCUAUGGUGGCUGCUUCAGUCGUAUUUCUGGCCAACUUCACCAUCCGGCCUAAGGUGCAUCCCUGGAAUUCAUCCCUGCAAGAAUGCUCGGGAUAUAAACCAGCUGAGUUGAAUGAUUGUGUGCUUAUCUUACACGACUUGUACUUGGCAAGAAGGGGAGGAUCUUUGCAAGCUAUACGGGAGAAAUACAAACAGCACAAGUUUAAAUACGUGGCGAUGCUGCCAUCUUCUCCGGAGAUACCAAUUUCUUACUUUGAAGAAGUAUAAUGGCACAUGUCAAUCAAGUUGGGGGUUGUCUAACUAACCGAUGACCUAUAACGCCAUUAAUAGUAGCUGAUAUCUUUGCAAGGGAGGAAAUGGAUCUUCAUCUCCGUUUGUGCAAUACAGGAGGGGGCUUUUUUGUUAAUCCUGUACAGUGGUCAAGAACUGGUCUCCCGCACAUACAAUGCUGAUUGCCAUCUGCUUUGAUGAUUUUCAACAUGUAAAAUGGCACUGUCAAGCCAAGUCCCGGAAAUUGACGCCCUUCACCUGAGGAAUUUUGAUAUGAAGUUUGAUGGAUGGAUUUCCUCUCAUUUAUUUUUUUACCGUAAAUUAAUAAUAAAGGAAGGAAUUUAAACGAAGAAUAGCCUUCAUAAA